UGAAAUUAUAACCUAAAACUCGUGUUACCGCUCGAUCGUAAAUAUCCGUAUGUUUAGUGAUAGUUGAUAGUUACAGUAACGGAUUUCGUGUGCCAGCCGCCGAGUCAUUAACACAUGAAGAAAUAAAGUGGUUAUUAGUUUAGAAUUGUGUAGAAUCAUUACUUAAAAAUGUCGAAGAUGUUGAAGAAAAGUAUCGUCGACACGAAAUUGAGCAAGACAGACACUCUUCAAGCUGUUGUGCUCGCAGAUGAUUUCACCACGAGUCUUAAUCCCGUACACAAAGUUUGUCCGAGUAUAAUGUUGCCAGUGGUGAAUGUACGACUGUUGGAUUAUCUCAUUGAGACGUUGAUCCAGUCGCAAGUGCAAGAGUUGUUUCUUUACUGCAGUAAUCACAUUGAAUCUUUGAAGGAUUACGUAGCUUCCAAGAGUUACAAGAACAUCGUCGUGACCUUGAUCAUUUCCGAUGGUUGCCGAUCUCUCGGUGAUGCCCUCAGAGACAUUGAUACGAAAGGGUUGAUUCGUGGGGCUUUUAUUCUCAUAAGAGGAGAUGCUUUCACCAACGCCAAUCUCAAAGAUCUCAUGGCUCUGCAUAAGACUAAAUGUGAAAAGGACAAGGGUGCUGCUAUGACGCUAAUUCUUCGUGAUCUCGGAUCAAUUUCUAACUCUUCCCUCAAGGAACAAUCCUGCAUGUUCGUUGCUGAUAAAACCAACAAAAAAGUUUUGUUCCACAAAAAACUCUCCAAGGAUGACAAAAAAAUUAAACUCGAAUUAGAAUGGUUCUUGAAUCACGAACAAAUUGAAAUUAGCUCCAGUUUCAUUGAUACCCAUAUUUAUCUGUGCUCACCGUCAGUCUUACCACUUUUUGCUGACAAUUUUGAUUUCCAGACUAUGGAAGAUUUUAUAAAAGGUGUCCUGAUGAAUGAAGAAAUUCUUGAUGCACGAAUUUAUUGGCAGCCAUUGAAUUCCGAGGAGUACGCACUUCCGAUGACAUCCUGGCAGGCUUAUCACACCUUGAGCAGAGAUAUUUUGCAGAGAAAAGGUUAUCCUCUGACUCCAGACAUGAUUCCUCCCCUGCGAAACAUCGUUUACAUGGCAAGGAGUACGUACAAGCAUCGUACAGCGGCAUUGGCUCGCGGCUGUGCUCUCCAGCGAGACACAAUAGUAGACGAAAAGAGUAUCCUUGGAAAGAAUACAUUCGUGACGAGAUCAGUAAUCGGUGAAUUUUGUAAAAUUGGUGACAACGUUCGUUUAGAAAAUUCCCACGUGUUUGCGAAUGUGACGAUACGAGAGAAUUGCGUGCUCGAGAAUUGCGUUGUAUUCUCUGGCUGUGUGCUCGAAAAAAAUUGCUAUUUAAACGGGUGUAUUUUAUCACCAGGGAUUAAUUUACCUGUGAAAACUAUGUACGAAGAUUCAAUCGUCGAAGCUAACGCAAAGCACAAAUUAAUAGUCACGAAAAUGUCUGAACACGAUCCUGAUUCGAAUGAAGAACUGUUGUUUUACAAGCUCAAAGAAACUGGAAAUUUUGAUGAUUACUCGGACUUUGAAGAAUCGUGCAGUGAUUCGGGCUCACUUCGUGGCUCCCCGUUGCCCGAUGAUACCAAUAUGUUCCUCUCCGAAGUAAUAGACAGUCUUUUACGUGGCUACCAGGACAAACUCAAUUGUGAUAAUUUGAUACUGGAAAUAAAUUCAUCGAGAUACGCUUACAACGUUACCAUACGAGAAGUUACUUACAACGUUAUCAAAGCCAUACUCGUUCUUCCAUUGCAUUAUCUUGAGGAGCAAAAAAUUGCGGUCGGUGACGUUAGUUAUCAGAAAACACUCAAAGUCAUGAUAACUUAUUUCAUACCGAUCAUUCGGAAGUACGUUAAAACUGACGAUGCGCAAGAGGAUUGCUUACGUGCCAUUCACGACGCUGCUACAACGACUCACGAGCUCUUAUCCUUCGUACAAAUGCUAAUGCACAUGCUUUAUGAUCGAAAUAUUUUGACGGAAGAUAAUAUUCUAGAAUGGUACGAAAACGUUGCUGAUGACGAAGAAGAAACUAAUACUGAGGCCAUCAGAUCUGCUCUUGCUCCUUUUAUUCUCUGGCUCAAAGAAGCGGAGGAAGAUUCUUCUGAGGACGAUGAAGAUUGAAAAAUCUGUAUGAACCAUCACUUCGUUGCCAACUGAAAGAUUAUAUGGUUCGCACAUGUGAAACGCAGCGAGUUGGAUAUCUACUUGUAAUUUUUUUUUCAUUAUUCAACUAAUCCAUUCGAGUCAAUUUAUUUCAGUAUUUUGAAACAAAGUCUCAAGGAUCUUUUGAUCCUUUUCGGUAACUGGAAAAUGGAAAAAUUUGACACUAAACACGAGAAAUUCAGUAGAAUUUCGAUGACGCAAACUUUACCAAUGUUGAACUAGGAAAACUCUAACAGCGCUGUGGUAAAUACUAAUUUGUUUGUCAACUUCUGUAAAACAGAUUUUGUAAAUGUCAAUAAAUUUGUUUUCAUUGUA